CCGGGACUCCGCCCGGCACGUCCGGGAUCUAGGCGCAGCCGCGCCCGGGAGGAGCCUGUCCUGCGCCUGGGUCUCCGCCUCCUUCGCCGCACCUCCUUCGGAGGGCAGGUAACUUCCCUCCCAAGGUCAUUCUCCAGGCCCGCCCAGUCCUCACAUCAGCGGGGCAGUGGAGUAGCGCCGCGACGGGCUGGACCGCGACCUCGAGGCUGCCCCGGCUGCCGGUGGGUGGCUCCGGUGGCAGGGCUUGUCCGCAGUGCUCGCCGGGCCGUCGCACCCUGAACCUGCGAGGGUGUACAUCCCAACACGGAAGGGCAGUAUGAAGCCAGUGAAGAAAAAGAAAACGGAAGAACCUGAAUUGGAGCCCCUGUGCUGCUGCGAGUACAUAGAUCGAAAUGGGGAAAAGAACCACGUGGCUGCGUGUUUGUGUGACUGCCAAGAUCUUGAUGAAGGGUGUGAUAGGUGGCUUACCUGUAAACCAGUGCAACCAGAGACUUGCGAAAAGAUCACAGAUACAAUUUCCGAUCGCCUCCGAAUUCCUUGGCUAAGAGGAGCCAGAAAAGUUAAUAUUAGCAUCGUUCCUCCACUCGUGCUUCUGCCAGUUUUCCUUCAUGUGGCUUCCUGGCAUUUCCUGCUGGGGGUGGUGGUUCUGACCUCUCUUCCUGUGCUGGCACUGUGGUACUACUACCUCACUCACAGAAGGAAAGAACAGACUCUGUUUUUCCUGAGCCUUGGACUGUUUUCGCUGGGCUACAUGUAUUAUGUGUUCCUUCAGGAAGUGGUCCCCAAAGGGCGUGUGGGGCCCACUCAGCUGGCUGUUCUUACCUGCGGGUUAUUUCUGAUACUCUUAGCCUUGUACAGAGCCAAGAAGAAUCCAGGCUACCUCAGCAAUCCAGCAAGCCAUGACAAAUCCUUAAGCAGCAGCCAAAUUGAGUGCCUGCUCAAAAAAGAGCAGGAGAAGACCAAAGGGUUCCCUGGAACAGAUACCUUGGGGGGCCUCAACAACCGCAGCCUGAAGGAUGAUAUGAAGGGCUCCUCCAGGAUGGGGGCUGGCAGCCCCGCCAAGGUGAAGGAGGACUGGUGUGCCAAGUGCCAGCUAGUGCGACCCGCCCGGGCUUGGCAUUGCCGGAUAUGUGGCAUCUGUGUAAGGAGAAUGGAUCAUCAUUGUGUCUGGAUAAAUAGCUGCGUUGGCGAAUCAAAUCAUCAAGCUUUUAUACUCGCCCUUUUGAUCUUCCUGCUCACUUCUGUGUACGGGAUAGCACUGACCUUGGACACCAUUUGCAGAGACAGAAGCAUCUUCACAGCCCUCUUCUAUUGUCCUGGCGUUUACACAAAUUACAGCUCAGCUCUGUCCUUCACCUGUGUGUGGUACUCUGUGAUCAUCACAGCAAGCAUGGCCUACAUCUUCCUUAUCCAGCUGAUAAACAUAAGCUACAACGUGACAGAGAGGGAAGUCCAGCAGGCUCUCCGGCAGAAGACGGGGCGCCGACUCCUCUGUGGGCUCAUCGUAGACACAGGGCAGUACAACAGGGGCUUCCUUCGGAACUGGCACCAGUUCUCCACCCUGGGCACACAUGCGGUCCACGCCCCUGCCGAGCAUAUUGUCUGAAGUGCCUUCCGUGUGGCUCUGAGGGAUGCUCCUCCCUCUGUCUUUUCCAUUUCACACGCUGGCUGUUCAUCCUCAUCUCCGUUUCCUCACAGAUACUGUAAGGCCAUGCUCAGGUUUGGAGAGUGUGCUGGAGAGAAGUUAAUUUUUCUGACUUUAGAACUUAAGGGAUUUUUAUACUGAAGUAGUAAAAAUAGAGCCUUUCCUUUCCAGGUACCUUACUCAGUCACCAGAAGCUGAAAAGGACAUGGAUUGCUCAUGCACAAAUCGGUAGAAGCAAUUCCCAUCCAUUUAUGUGGGGAAGAGUGUUGGGUUAGGAUAGUUUCCAGUCCUUUCAAUUCUUAUAGCCAUAUGACCCUUGGUAGAGUCACUUUCCCAAGCCUCAGGUUCAUCUGUAAGGUGGGGUUCCGCUGCCUGGCUACCUCACGAAGCAGUCAUGAAGGCCACCUGAGGGAUGAGGGACAUGGAAGGCACCCCAACAUAUGAAGGAUUAUUAGGAAACCCCUACGAGUGUUUGUAGAUCAGAAUAUUGAAGCCAAUAUUGUUAAGACAAUCAGUUGUACAGUUAAGGGGAUUCUUUUUAAGUGUUAGACAUUUUCUCACAGGCAGGAGGUGACGAGAAGCUGGUCACUUGUCACCUCAUCUUGAAAAGACAGUUGAUGGAAAUAAUUAUUAUCAGUACAGUGUAAAGUGGUCAUGAGGUCAGGUGAUGAGUUUUAUUUAAUUUGUUAAAGUUAUCAUUUAGUGUAAUUCUAGCAAGCAUCAAAGGUUUUGUUCCCUCUUUCCAUGUUUCACUGGUAACAGGCUGGAAGAGGAAGAGACUGUCCUUUUUACUCUUUCCUGGGUAGGGAAGCUGAUUAAU